AUGUCGGGCUUGCGCCCGCGCCACACUGAGCUCUGCUUGAUGCCAGUGUGGUACCCUCGUGGUGCUCCUCAUCGCUGGAAAUUACCGUCUGAGGCAACUGCUCUUGACGAAAAAAACUGGCUGUAUCUGAUACAAUACCUCAACAUCCACAUUGUCUUGCAUCUACGAUUGAAACCAAUCACUGACGGAGACAUGUUCAGAGCACCACGGGCCAACCGUAUUGAAUGGCCUAGAAAACCUCGCCCACUGAUCACACAUCCGACACCAUAUGAUUUUGCACGAAGCUCUGCUCAACGCAAGCUGACUUGGUUGUCUGUAGAAGGUCUACGACCCGACGCGCAAGCGUUCGUUGACAAGGUAGUAUCGAAAAGUGCCUGGAUGAUGCUCAAUGCCUGUGACUUGAUGACAUUCUCCUGCACAAAGGAGGCACUCUCGACAAAGCUGUCUGUCCAGCAGACUGCUCAUCGAAGCCAAUAUGAUGAUCUGACGAAAACAAUUGACAAGCAUAUGUCAGAGCCUCACGGCCUUGAAGAGUCUAGUCCUGUCUGA